GGCGGCUUUCCGGAGCCCAAAACAAACAUGGCGGCAGAGGUUGUCCGUGCGGAGGCUGGGCACGCAAUCGAUGUGAUUGGCUGGUAACGAAUCACGGUUCCCGGCCAGAGCCGAAACGAUCGAGAGAAAAUUUAAACGUGGUUUCUGCGGUGCACUGAUGCUGAAAGACUAUGAACUUGCAGAAAUUCUGGAGAGACUACAAAGUUCUGGUGGUUAUGGUACCUCUAGUUGGGCUCAUCCAUUUGGGGUGGCACAGAAUCAAAAGUAGCCCCAUUUUCCAAGUACCUAACAAGGACAACAUUCCUGAGCCAGACAGUCUGGCCCUUGCGAGUCUGCCGAAGGGCCCACCCCAAGGGAAAUAGCAAACUUGCCAUCUUCAGAAGGUAGCAGCUUUGAAUCUGAGCUUGAUAUUGAAAGAAGAGAUGAGAAACACCAGCUGGAUUCGAAAGAACUGGCUUCUUGUAGCCGGUGUGUCCUUCGUAGGCGUCCAUCUUGGAACGUACUUUAUUCAGAGGGCUGCAAAACAGUCUGUAAAGUCUCAGUCUGGAAGCAAACAGAAGAGCACUGAAGAAUGACGUAAAAUAAAUAUGUGGAAUCACCAACA